AUGCCUUCGAGCGGAUCUUCUAAAGUAUCCAAGGUAGAUAGGUCCACUAGUCCUCUGCCAUGUAGGCCUGCGAAUCCUGUUCAAGAAUUAAAAGCUUUGUUUGCUGAACCACCCAUAAGAGUUUCAAAUGGCAGCAAAGAGCAAGAUUUUCGUUUCGAGGCAAUUCAGUGCUUGCAAUCGUCGGCUUUUAAAGAAAUUAAAACAUUGCCGGAUCGAGGAACGUGGAGCAGCAAGAUCGAAUUCAUCCUCUCUGUAGUAGGAUUGGCUAUAGGAUUAGGAAACUUAUGGCGAUUUCCUUACCUCUGCUACAAAAAUGGCGGUGGUGCUUUUAUGGUUCCUUAUUUUAUCGCUCUUGCACUUGCCGGAGUACCCAUGUUCCUAAUGGAGUUAUCAUUGGGCCAGAUGAUGACUAUAGGAGGAUUAGGUGUCUUUAAAAUAGCUCCGAUUUUCAAAGGCAUUGGAUACGCUACUUGCGUACUUUCCUGUUGGACGAAUGUAUAUUAUAUCAUUAUAUUGGCAUGGGCACUUUUUUACUUUUUGGUUUCCUUACGAAUGGAUGUGCCAUGGAGAACAUGCGGCAAUCCUUGGAAUACACGUUACUGCCUCACUUCUUCAGAACGUUUAGAAGCGUUAUGUUGGCCCGAAGACGAAGAUACGAUAUGUUCUACUUCGAUUGGUAACUUAAGUCAUACUCUGCUGAGAGAUCCAGUGAAAGAAUUUUGGGAGAGGCGUACUCUUCAAAUUUCUGAUGGUGUAGAAAGCGUAGGUUCAAUAAGAUGGGAACUAGCAGGUACAUUAGCUGUCGUGUGGAUCAUGUGUUAUUUUUGUAUUUGGAAAGGCGUGAAAUGGACUGGAAAAGUUGUGUACUUUACAUCGUUGUUUCCAUAUGCAUUAUUAGCAGUUUUAUUGGUACGGGGAUUGACCUUACCAGGAGCAAUGGAAGGUCUGAAAUAUUAUGCAACGCCAAAUCUUUCAAAACUCAGUGAUCCCGAAGUAUGGAUCGAUGCGGUGACGCAAAUAUUUUUUUCUUAUGCACUGGGUCUAGGUGCAUUGGUUGCACUUGGAAGUUACAAUAAAUUUAAUAAUAAUGUUUACAAGGAUGCACUAAUCGUUUGUACAGUGAAUUCAUGUACCAGUAUGCUUAGUGGCAUUGUUAUAUUUUCUGUGGUUGGUUUUAUGGCUCAUGAACAACAAAAACCCGUAGCGGAUGUAGCAGCCUCUGGUCCAGGUUUAGCUUUCUUGGUUUAUCCUUCCGCAGUUCUUGAAUUACCAGGAUCAUCAAUUUGGUCUUGUUUAUUCUUUUUUAUGCUUAUCCUUAUUGGAUUAGAUAGUCAGUUUUGUACAGUUGAAGGCUUUAUAACAGCCGCGGUCGAUGAAUGGCCGCAUCUUCUUAGAAAACGAAAAGAAUUAUUCAUAGCAAUUGUAUGCUUUAUCUCGUAUCUUAUCGGUCUUUUUUGUGUUACUGAGGGAGGAAUGUAUGUUUUUCAACUCUUGGAUUCGUAUGCUGUUAGUGGAUUUUGCCUAUUGUUUUUAAUGUUCUUCGAAUGUAUUUCUGUCUCGUGGGCAUUCGGUGUAAAUCGGUUUUACGAUGGAAUUCGCGACAUGAUCGGUUAUUAUCCAUGUUGCUGGUGGAAAAUAUGUUGGACAUUUACUACUCCUGCCAUUUGUGUGGGAGUUUUCACUUUCAACAUAAUUAAAUUCGUUCCCGUAAAAUAUCUUACGUAUGAAUAUCCAUGGUGGAGUCAUGUGUUAGGGUGGCUUUGUGGUCUUUCUUCGAUGUUAUGUAUUCCCGGAUAUAUGAUUUAUAUCUGGUUUACAACACCUGGAACUAUUUCUGAGAAAUUCCGAAAAUUGAUAAGAAUAGAAGAUGACGUUGCCGCUUUACGAAUGAAAUUAAAUCCUAAAAAAGCUGUCGCUAUCAGUGCAGAUCUCGAACUAUAAGUGUCAAUUGUACCUUUAUUCGACAUCCAUCAAUGAUUCAAAUGUGUUCUUUGCAGUGUAUGACUGGGCAGAAGCAUGAUUUCAAAUGUUGAACAGUAUCACAUCAUAUAUUCAUAUCCAUUAUAACCAUUUAUCAUAAAAAAUUAAAAACUUAGUGGUUGUAUAAAGUGAAGUAUAUUGACAAUAAUAAAAUGCAAAAUAGUUUUAUAUGGAAAAUAUAUAAACAGACGUAUGACGAAAAUCCAAUUAAGAUAAAAUAAAUAUUUUUAUUUGUUAUAAUUUACACGAUAUCAGAUUUAGCUACUGUAUACAAUUAAAUGUAUACACUAGAUUUAAUUAUUUUGAAAUUUUAUAUUUAUUAACAAACAUCAAAUUUAUAGCUUAAAAAGGAGAAAAAGAAUUACUCUAAUUUGUAUAUUUAUAUACAUAAUUUAUAUAAAAGAAUUAAUUAAAAUAUUGAAAUUUAUUUUUCUCUAUUUUGCAUUUCUUUAAUACGUCCAAUAAGUUGUUCCUUCCAUUGUUCUUCUGAUAUAGCUUUUGCCCAUUCUGGAAUUGCUGUAAUUGGUAAAGUAAAAGAUGCCAUCAUAGAUUUUACUUGAUUGAUUUUAUCUGCAUCCAUAUCUAUAUUGGACCGAUUGUGAGGCGAUGACCAAACUUCUAUUGUUUCCGACAUGGAAUCCUUUCAUCUUCAUACAACAUUGGAUCACUAUCUGCAGGAAUCUGAGAUAAUGGUACAUAUCCUGCCAUUCCUAUAUCAUCAUCUUCGCUAUCUGAUGCAUUUAUUCCUCUAUCAAGAGGUAAAUUUGGUACAUUUAAUGAUUCCUCAACAGGCUCUUGUGUAGGAUCAGGAGACAUUGUGCAUCACCUGUUUCUUAAUAUUUUUAAAUCAAAUAAAUUACAAAUGUGAAUAAAUUUGUGACAAUACAAAAAUCUGACAGUUCACAGCUGAUUUGCGUUCUUUGUAGUUUACUAUUUUAUACUGC